AGAGAACGAAAGAUGAAUAGUCUUGGUAGCAAUUUGGAAAGCCAAGGCCGGUCACUGCUGAAUGACCUUCGCAGCUUGGACAAGGGCAGUCUCUUCGAUCUCGGCCACCCUCUCCUCAACCGCAUCGUCGAAAGCUUCGUCAAAGCCGCUUCUAUUGGAGCGAUUCAGGCUGUGUCGCGGGAAGCUUAUUUCACGACUGUUGAAGGUGCAGAUAGCCCUAGCAAGAACAAGAAGCAUCGAUUUCCUGACCUCAGAGGGGAAACAAACAGAAAGUCUAUUGAAGCAUUGGUAAGGAACACUGGAAGAGAAUCUGUACAGUGGGGACUGGCAGCUGGAAUGUACUCGGGCCUCACAUAUGGGCUAGAGGAGGCUCGUGGGACUCAUGAUUGGAAAAACAGUGCAGUAGCGGGAGCUAUUACGGGUAUGGCGAUGGCACUCACGUCCGAUGAUUCUUCUCAUGAGCAAAUUGUGCAGGGUGCUAUUACCGGUGCAGCCAUCUCAACUGCUGCAAACCUCCUUACAGGGAUAUUCUAAGCUGUAUUUGCAGGUUUUUAUCAUUUUUGCAUGAAGUUUAGAAGAACGACGACGGUUAUUUUAGACAUUUACAUUCAUCAAAUGGCGCCGUUGCCGCAUCAAGUUUAAGAAUUCGGAGACAAAAAUUCAGAACUGAAAUUUCCUGAUAGUCCACCCAACUUUCUAUCUCUCCCUUUCAUUUUUAUUAUUAUUUUUUUGGUUUAUUGUUUUGUUUGUUAUUUCUUUUAUUUUCAUAAGGUUUCAAAAAAAAAAAAUUUGCUCCAUUGUUUGAUUCCUACAUUCAUAAGUUUACUGUUAUUUGAAUUUUUUAUU